UCCAUGCUGAAAGAACCCGGGCCGGGAAUCAAACCCAAGACAUUCUUGCUGCAAGGCAACAGCUCUACCAACUGCACCACUGUGCAGCCCAAGAAAAAACACAAAUAAAAAUAAAAUGAUCUGCCAGUACAACCAUAGAGGAAACAUGUCAAACUCAGUUCUUCAUUAAUGGCAAAGGGUUACUGAGAUUAAAUCUUUGUGGUAAAAGUAUAAAUCCAUUUUCUCUCUCUAUUUUUUUAUUCAUCAAAGCUUCAGGAAUGGAGUGGAGUAAACCAACUCCGGAGUUGAAAUCAGUGUCAUGUUAAUACACAAAGGUAAAUAGGUGUGGCCAACGGAGAACAACAACCCCACAGGAACUUAAAGUCUUCUCUGCCUUAGCUGUAAAUUCAGAUCAGGAGAUUGUAAGCAGCUGAGAACAUGGAGACUUUGAAGGAUUUUGAUUUCUUUCUAUUCUCCAGUCCUACCACUGUACUUGGACUAAGUCUCCUUUUCAUAAUCCUUUAUUUGGUGACUGUUGGUUCCUCCAGAGAAACGGGUAAAGAGCCUCCAGGACCAAAGCCUCUGCCUCUGCUUGGCAACCUGCUGCAGCUUGACCUCCAGAGACCCUACAAAACACUGUGUGAGCUUUCCAAGAAAUAUGGGUCUGUAUUUACAGUUUAUUUUGGGCCGAAAAAAGUGGUUGUCCUAGCCGGGUACAGGACAGUCAGAGAGGCUCUGGUCAGCUAUCCAGAAGAAUUUGGAGAAAGAGAAAUCCUACCUGUGUUUGUGGAUUUAUCAAAACAUCAUGGAAUUCUGUUUGCAAACGGAGAAACUUGGAAAGAGAUGCGUCGUUUUGCCCUCAGCACCCUCAGAGACUUUGGGAUGGGGAAGAGAGUUGCAGAGGAGAAAAUCUUAGAGGAGUGUGGACACCUCAUUGAAGUGUUUGAGAGUUAUAAAGGGAAACCAUUUAACACAUCCCGUCCAACAAAUAAUGCAACAUGCAACAUCAUCUCCUCCAUUGUGUUUGGAAGCAGAUUUGAAUAUGAUGAUCCUGAAUUCAGAGAUUUGGUUAAUCUUGCCACUGAGAAUAUUAAGAUAGUUGGUUCGGCAGGAAUCCAGUUGUACAAUACAUUUCCCCGGCUGGUUGGAUGGAUAAAAAGCCGUCAGAUUGUGUUAAAAAAUCGUGAAACGACAUUGAAAGGACUGAAGCAUUUAACCCAGAAACUGAAAGAGACACUCAACCCUCAGAUUUGCAGAGGAGUGAUCGACUGUUUUCUGAUUCAAAAGCAGAAAGAAGAGGAUUCUUUUGUCAAAGACUCUCAGUUCACUGAGGAGAACCUGUUACACACAGUGGCAAACCUGUUUGGUGCUGGAACCGACACCACAGCUGCAACACUGAGGUGGGGUUUGCUGCUCAUGGCAAAGUAUCCACAAAUUCAAGACCAGGUUCAGGAGGAGCUGACCAGGGUGGUUGGAAGCCGCGAGGUUCAUGUGGAAGACCGUAAAAAUCUGCCGUACACUGAUGCUGUCAUCCAUGAGAUACAGCGCCUCGGUAACAUUACUCCUAUGGCGGUCCCACACAAAACCAGUCGAGAUGUUACCUUUCAGGGGUAUUUUAUCAAAGAGGGAACUACUGUGAUUCCCCUCCUUACAUCUGUUCUGUAUGAUGAGAGUGAAUGGGAGAGCCCACACACCUUCAACCCUUCUCAUUUCUUGGACAAGGAGGGAAGAUUUAUCAAGAGAGAUGCCUUUCUGCCAUUUUCUGCGGGUCGCAGGGUGUGUCUUGGUGAGAGUCUGGCAAGGAUGGAGGUUUUCCUCUUCUUCACCUCACUCCUUCAACGUUUUCGUUUCACGCCUCCACCUGGAGUUUCUGAAGAUGAUCUGGAUCUGACUCCAGCAGUGGGAUUCACCGCCCCUCCUUCUCCUCAUGAGCUCUGUGCUCUCAGUCGGCAGUGAAGAAUGAAGCACUAGAUUGUAGCUGAUGUCUCUACCAGAACCCUGAUGUCACUAUUACAAAUGAUCACUUUAAAUGUCUGCAUGUUACUUUAAUUUGCACACUUUAUUUAAGGAGCUUGGAAGAGUUCUUUAGCUGUGGGCUUUAUUCCUCACUUCCUGCUUUUCUUCUAUUGAGUUAAUUUCACUGACAUAUAUAGAUGAUGAAGAGAUUCAGUUUGUAUCCACAUUAUUUACUCAUGACAAAGCAAAUUCACAGAGCAUGUAAUAAUUUAAGGUAGAGUCAUCCUGAACAUUGCUAAAACAUCUGAGUGAAAUGUCAUAUUGAUUAUGACAUAUUACUGAAACUCCUAGAUCUGCACCUUUUUUAAUGGAGUGAAAAGCAAUGUUGAAUGUAGAUCUGCCCUGUUAUUAUUAUUCAUAACUAACUUUUAUCCUAAAAAUUCAACAAACCUAAUUUAAAAUAUGAGAAAAUUAGUUAAGGAAUACUUCUUCUAAGCAAACCAAACCUUUUUCUCUGAGAGAUAAUAAUCAUCACUGUAUUUUACUAACCUUUUCUUCUGCCGUUCAUGAUAUAUUACACCCCAGAUCAAAACUUGUCAACAUUGUUAUAUUCCCCAUGUUUUACCUAGAAAUACUCAUAGCUACAUUUAUUAAACAGUAACAUUUCCGACUUAUAUUAUAGGUAAACCAAGUCUCCUGGUUUCUCAUAAUCUCUGUGAUACAAAACGGGACAAAUAAGAUUAUCUGCUCAUCUCCUCAUAUUUCAGCGAAUCACUUCAGCAGUGUGAUGAAUGUACACUUCCCCCAUGCCAUCUAACAUGAGCAUACGUUAUCUAUGCUAAUUAAGCAAAUGGCUUGAAAGAGUUACAGCAUGAACACUUGGAAUGUAUGCACGGUAAAUAUUUAAUGAUCGACUCCUGCUGAAAUUACGGUGUGUCAUAUUUUAAAAAAGGGAAUUUGCAUCAUUGUAAGUGCGUAGUGUACUGCACCAUGGAACUGAACCUGUCAAAUCUCUAUGUAUCAUUGUCCUUUUUAAAUAAAAUAAUGUUCUCCAUGCAAA